AUGAGUACUCUCGUCGAGUGCCCAGUGUGCGAGCGCUUGGUCCCAGAGUCGACUGUCAACAUCCAUCUUGACUUUGGCUGCACCUCUUCGCAAGUCCCGUCGACCUCCUCCUCCUCCACUGCGACUUUCCCUGCGCCAGCGAGACGUCCCUCAACAGAGGGCGGUGGUCAAAAGGGGUCAAAUACGGGCGGGAAGAAGGCUCCGAGUGGGAAGAAGAGGAAGGCUCUCACAGAGGAAGAUCCCGCAACGUCCUCAUCUCCCGCCGCUCGACCUCCUCCCUCCCCCUUCGCCUCGACAUCCGCUUCCACCGCUCAGGCUUCGCUCACAAAACGACCACGCAUAUCAGCGUCGACCAGAUCUUUCCUCGAAGCGGCGAAACUGCUGCCCGAGCUGGUUCGUCCGCAAACUCUGGAAGAUUUCGUCGGCCAGGAGCACUUGCUUGGCCAGGGUGCUAUGCUGCGAGGACUGAUCGAGGCGGACAGGAUUGGGAGUUGUAUCUUUUGGGGACCGCCCGGUACCGGCAAGACGACUAUUGCUCGCGUAAUCGCCAAAGCGACGUCGAGCGUCUUCAAAGAGCUCAGCGCGACGAAUGCUACAACCGCACAGCUGCGCGAGGUCUUCACGGAAGCCGAGAACGUCCUCAAACUCACGGGACGGAAGACGCUCCUCUUCAUCGACGAGAUCCAGCGUUUCAACAAAGCUCAGCAAGACGCCUUCCUGCCCGUCGUCGAAGCCGGCACCCUUUCUCUCAUCGCCUCGACGACAGAGAACCCAUCUUUCCGCGUCAACACCGCCCUCCUGUCCCGAUGUCGAGUCUUUGUCCUGCAGAAGCUCACGCAAGACGACAUCUACCGGAUCCUCGUGCGCGCUCUACGACUUCUGCACGAGCAGCGAACCGGCGAGACGCUUCCGGUGGCGGAUGUGCGGGUGAAGGAGGAGGACGUGAGGGGCCAGGAUGAGGAAGACGAGACGCCGAACGAUGCAGCAAGAGCUGUCGAAACGGACGGCAGGAAGGGGGAGAGCGACAAGGGGCGAGUAACGGGGGAGAAUACGAUGGAUCAACGCAAAUCAGUGGACGACGAGUCGGCACAGGCAACGGCGAAUACGACGGAGCCGCCAGACGUCGAUCCCGUCUUCGCUUUCACCGGACCUGUUGACCCGCCCCUCGUCCGCUUCCUCGCCGCCGCUGCCGACGGAGACGCUCGAGUCGCACUUUCGUCUCUCGAACUAGCGCUAUCAGCAACACGAGACACGAACGGGAAGAUCAGCCGCGACGAGCUCAAGCGGAGUCUGCGAAAGGCGCACUUGCAGUAUGACCGGACUGGCGACGCUCACUAUGAUACAAUCAGCGCGCUGCACAAGGCUGUUCGAGGAAGCGAUGCGAACGCAGCGCUGUACUGGCUCGCGCGAAUGCUCGAAGGCGGUGACGAUCCGCUUUACGUAGCUCGUAGGCUCAUCAGGAUGGCGAGCGAGGACGUCGGCAACGCGAACCCUUUGGCGCUUCCCCAAGCCGUCGCAGCUUACCAGGCAACACAGCUUAUUGGCAUGCCUGAGUGUGAUUGCAUCCUUGCCCAGGUCGUCGUCAUGCUCGCCGAGUCUCCAAAGAGCGUCCGAACGUACAAGGCCUACAACGCCGCCAAGAAGCUCGUCAAGGAGAGCGAGAACUAUCCCGUCCCUCUACACAUCCGCAACGCUCCGACCGGCCUGAUGAAGCAGCUUGGGUACGGACGAGACUACCGCUACGAGCCCGGUUACGCCCAUCCCGUCCACCAACCCUUCCUCCCGCCCGAACUCGCUGGUACGAUCUUCCUCAAGGAUGACGACUCAGUCGAGGGCAAGACGUACGAUGAAGCGGCGCUGAGGGAGUGGGAGUGGCGGAACCUCGGCGGGAAGAAGUGGGAGGGACGGGAGGAGAUGGAGAAGAAGUUCGCGGUCGAGGCGGAGAAGGUCGAGCAACGCGGUGACAGCGAGAGCGGUACAGCGAGGGGGAGCGGUGACUAG